AUGCCCCCCUUGUCCCCAGGCACUGGCAGCUUGGCCUCAGACUGCUGCCUGAAGAACAGCCAGAAAGUCAUCCCCAGCAGCUGGGUGAAGUCCUACAGCCUCCAGGGACCCGAGUCAGGAUGUUUACUGUGUGCUGUCAUGUUUACCACCAAGAGAAACAAGAAAAUCUGCACCUCUCCCACCGACCCCGCCGUCCAGAAGCUGAUGCAGAACCUGGACAAGAAGGACAAGAAGGCCAAGAAGGACAAGAAGAAGGGACAGUCCCCACGUCCCAGGGGCAAACCCAAGUGGCAGAAGCGGCAGUGGGUCUAA